ACUGACCACUGAGAUACUGACUACUACAUGUCUACAUUUGAUUUUCUUUCCUCUUUUACCGAAGGAUGAGAUUUAAAGCCAAACUUGUUGAAAUAUCAUGCAUUCAUCAUUUUUCCAGAGUGGUAUCAACAGUGUCUCAUAUGGCCAAGAGUUGCGCAUUGAGACUGACUCCAAACAAACUUUACUUUAUCCUAAAUGACACUGCAGCACAGGGAGGUGUCACAAUAUGGUGUGAGGUUAAUCAGAGUGCAUUGUUUGAGGAAUUCAGGAUAGAAGGAAACGAAGGAAGUCAUGACAACAUUUACCUGGAACUCCGUCCUGACAACUUGGUGAAAGCAAUGAAGUCUGGCUUAAAUGCUCAAAUUGUAAAGAUUAAGCUCACGAACAAAGUUUCCCCAUGUCUUACUUUUGAAAUAAUAUUGCCAUCCAUGGUACGAACACGAACAGUCACCCAUGAUACCCCAGUAAAUGUGAUACCUCAAGAACAAUGGGAUGCUUAUCAAGAGCCACAGAUGCCUGAGUACAAUGUUAGUAUAGUUAUGCCAUCUUUGAAGACUGUCAGAAAUAUUGUGGACAAAAUGAAACAUUUUACCACUCAAUUGGUGAUCUCGGCAAAUAUGAACGGAUAUAUGACUUUAAAAGUUCAAACUGACAUGGUCUCAGCGACAACACACUUCAGAAAUUUAGAUGUUGAAGAUUUAGAUAAUGAUAAUUCUAACAACAAUCGGAGCAAUUCCAGGCAGGAAAUGAGUGAAGCAACCGUAGAUAUCAAGAAAUUACUGGCAUUCCUACAUGUUCAAAUUGUUUGCCCAACAAAAGUCAUCUGUAGUAUUGUCCAUCAAAGAGCAGUGCAAUUCUACCUUAUCCAUGAUGAUUUUUCUCUACAGUAUUUUAUCCCUGCGAUUGCAACGUAACUUGCUAAAUCUCGAUUAUGGCCGACGGACAUUCUGACAAUUUGCAAAUUGAGAACUGAUGAGGACAUCUUCAGAGGCAAACUUUGUGUAAAACUGAUAUUGCAUUGAUGCAGGCCUUAGUACAACUAAUUUAAAGGCAUAUAAGCGCUUGCACAACCUUUUAGGUAUAUAUCUCAAAGGAUAAAGUAAUGGUAAAGAAAGAUAUACGACACCUCCGGACGAUAUUACGCCUAAAUGUGUGGUUUAUUAAGAACUGGUUCGUCUAAAUAUAAGGUUUUCAGUUACAGUUGCAGUUACAAGAAAUAUUUAUUUAAGAGCUCUACUACGUAGCUCGUGAAGAACCACGCUGUUUUUUCAACAAAAACACUAAACAGCUAAAUCAGCAAUUAACUUUAUUCAGUCUAUUAACUACUGCUGCUCGUCUAAAGAUGUCAGAUGUACGUUCACGAGAUAGGAAACACCAUCAUUAAAAUAAUAAAUAGGCACUUUCUUCUUGAUUUGAAGUCAAGAUUAUUAAAACUGCAUCUUUACUGUAACAUGUCUCAUAUUUAGUUAAUAAAGAAAAAGAAGUGAAAUAAAUGCACAAGUAUAGAUGAGUGUAUAGUUCCACUAUACAAGAAG